AUGCUGAUUUCUAGAAUCAGUACGCCUAUCAGACUGCAAAGCGUGAAAAAUUCUGUCAAUAUUUUCAGUUCACAAAAUGUCCCAUCUGGUCGUGAAUUAUUACCAACUAAUGUCAAACCAAUCAAAUAUGAUUUAACUUUAGAUCCAAAUUUUGAAACUUUUAAAUUUAAUGGUAAUGUUAAAAUUGAUCUUGAAGUUCAAGAAGAAUCAAAUUAUGUCACUUUAAAUACUUUUGAAAUUGAAGUUAAUUCUGCUAAAGUUGGUGAUUUAAAAGCUACUGAUAUUUCUUAUAAUGAAUCUACUCAAACUGCAACUUUUAAAUUUCCAGAAAAUUUCACUAAAGGCUCUUCAAUUACUCUUGAUUUAGAUUUCAUUGGUAUCUUGAAUGAUAAUAUGGCUGGUUUUUACAAAUCUUCUUAUAAAGAAGAUGGUGUCGUUAAAUACUUGGCUACAACUCAAAUGGAACCAACUGAUGCUCGUCGUGCUUUCCCAUCUUUUGAUGAACCUGCUUUGAAAGCUAUUUUUGAUAUCACAUUAAUCUCUGAUAAACAUUUAACCGCAAUUUCAAAUAUGGAUAUUAAAGAAGAAAAAAUCUUAGAUGAUGGUAGAAAAGCCACUUCUUUCAAUUCAACUCCUUUAAUCUCAACUUAUUUAAUUGCUUUUAUUGUUGGUGAAUUAAAAUAUGUUGAAAAUCAUGAUUUUAGAGUCCCAAUUAAAGUUUGGGCUACAAGAGGUCAAGAAUCUCAAGGUAAAUUUUCUGCAGAAUUAAUUUCUAAAACUUUAGCUUUUUUUGAAAAAUCAUUUGGUAUUGAUUAUCCAUUCCCUAAAUUAGAUUAUGUUGCAAUCCCAGAUUUCUCUGCUGGUGCUAUGGAAAAUUGGGGUGCUGUUUUCUCAAGAGAAGUUGAUGUUUUAUUUGAUGAAGAAAAUUCAAAUUUAGCUACAAAACAAAGAGUUGCUGAAGUUGUUCAACAUGAAUUGGCACAUCAAUGGUUUGGUAACUUGGUCACCAUGGAAUGGUGGGAAGGUUUAUGGUUAAAUGAAGGUUUUGCCACUUGGAUGUCAUGGUAUUCAUGUAAUGAAUUUUACCCAGAUUGGAAAGUUUGGCAAUCAUAUAUUUCUGAUACUUUACAAGGUGCUUUACAAUUAGAUGCUUUAAGAUCAUCACAUCCAAUUGAAGUUCCAGUUCAAAAAGCUGAAGAAAUUAAUCAAAUUUUCGAUGCCAUUUCUUAUUCAAAAGGUUCAUCUUUAUUAAAAAUGAUUUCUGGUUGGUUAGGUGAAGAAACUUUUAUUAGAGGUGUUUCCAAUUAUUUGAAAAAACAUCAAUAUGGUAACACUAAAACUUCAGAUUUAUGGGAAGCUUUAUCAGAAGCUUCUGGUGAAGAUGUUGUUAAGGUUAUGAGUGUAUGGACCCAAAAAGUUGGUUAUCCAGUCCUUACUGUAACUGAAGAUGCUUCAUCAAACACCAUUUCUGUCAAACAAAACCGUUAUUUAACAACUGGUGAUGUUAAACCUGAAGAAGAUGAAACUAUUUUCCCAGUUUUCCUUGGUUUGAAAACUAAAAAUAAUGUUGAUGAAUCAUUAAGAUUAGAUAAAAGAGAAGAUCAAUAUAAAAUUGAAGAAGGUUUAGAUUUCUAUAAAUUAAAUGCUGAUCAAUUUGGUAUUUAUCGUACAUCUUAUUCACCAGAACGUUGGAUCAAAUUAGGUAAAGCUGGUGUUGAAGGUUUAUUAUCAGUUGAAGAUAGAACUGGUCUUGUUGCUGAUGCUGGUGCAUUAGCUACUUCUGGUUAUCAAUCUACUUCAAACUUGUUGAACUUAGUUCAUGGAUGGAAAGAAGAAAAUAAUUAUGUUGUUUGGGGUGAAAUCUUAGCAAGAGUCACUGCUAUCAAAAAUGCAUGGAUUUUCGAAGAUAAAGCUACUGUUGAAGCAUUAGAAGCAUUUAUUAGAUCUCUUGUUGAAACAAAAGUUCAUUCAUUAGGUUGGGAAUUCAAUGAAUCUGAUUCUUUUGAAGAUCAAAGCUUAAAAUCUGUUCUAUUUGCUGCCGCUGCAGGUGCUAAAGAUGAAAAAGUUGUUGCUUCAGCUUUAGAAUCUUUCCAAAAAUAUGUUGAAGGUGAUAAAAAAGCUAUUCAUCCAAACAUCAGAGCUUCUGUUUUUGGUACAGUUGCACGUACUGGUGGUGAAAAGGAAUAUGAUCAAAUUUUUAACAUUUAUCAAAAUCCUGUUUCCGUUGACGAAAAAAUUACAGCUUUAAGAACUUUAGGUAGAUUUGAAGAUGAAGCUUUAAUUCAAAGAACAUUAUCAAUUGUUUUAGACGAACACGUUGUUAAAUCACAAGAUCUUUACAUUCCAAUGCAAGGUCUACGUGCUCAUCAAAAUGGUAUUAAUGCAUUAUGGAAAUGGGCUCAAGAAAAUUGGGACACUUUGGUUGUUAAAUUACCACCUGGGUUAUCAAUGUUGGGUACAAUUGUUCAAAUUUCUACUGUUUCAUUCACCUCUGAAGCUAAAAUUCAAGAAAUUCAAAAAUUCUUUGAAAAUAAAGAUACUAAAGGUUUCAAUCAAGGUUUAGCUCAAUCUAUUGAUACCAUCAGAUCUAAAAGUCAAUGGAUUACAAGAGACAGUGAAGAUGUUAACAAAUGGUUAUCAUCAAACAAUUUCAAAAAUUAA